AUCCUAUGCAUACAUUACAAUUAAGGACAGACUGCCCCAGAUUCUCACAAGAGUUAUUGAUACUCUGCAUCGGCAUAAAAAUGAGUUCUUUGAAGAACAUGGUGAGAAGGGUGUUGAAGCAGAGAAGAGGGCUAUAUCUUUCCUUUCCAAACUGCGGAAUGAACUGCAAACAGACAAACCAAUGACCCCUUUAGAAGAUGAGCUGCCUGAUGCUGCGUUGUGGAACCAAUACCUAGACCACCAACGAAAUUCAUCAAAUGGAAACGGAGAACCAAGCUGGUUUCAGUCCCCUUGGUUGUAUGUAGAGUGUUACAUGUAUCGAAGAAUUCAUGCAGCAUUAGCACAGAACCCACCUAUUGACAACUUUGAUGUAUUUAAGGAAGGAAAGGCUCAAAAUUUCUUUGAAUCCCAAGAGGCUAUUAUUGCCUUAUGCACUUACUUUCAGGAACUUCUUAAAAACAUCAAGGAUCUAGAUGAAAAGCAACUUCAGGAGGAACUUUUUAAGCUGUUGCAGGUGUCACUGUGGGGCAAUAAGUGUGACCUUUCUUUUUCAGCUGGUGAAGGCAGCUCUCAGAAGUCUAGUCCUUUACAAUCUCUGGAAAACAUGGUACCUUACAUCGUAGUGAACGAUAUGGAAAAGCUUUGGUCACUUCUUGUAAAUGCCAAAAAAAGAAAUACAGAAAAAAGUAAGGUUAGAGUUGACAUAAUCCUGGAUAACGCGGGAUUUGAACUUGUAAGUGAUCUUGUGUUGGCUGACUUCCUGUUAUCGUCAAAGCUAGCUGAUGAAGUCCAUUUUCAUGGAAAAAGCAUUCCAUGGUAUGUGUCAGAUACCACAAAGAACGAUUUUAACUGGACUAUUAAACAACUGCAGUCAGCCAAUCAUAUGUGGAUGUCUAGAUGUGGGAUAAAGUGGGAGGGCAAUUUGAAGAAGGGAGUCUGGGUUUACCGUGAUCACAUUUUUUGGACUUUGCCACAUGACUUUUCCAGUAUGGCUGAAGUUGCUCCUGACUUGUAUGCCGAACUACAGAAGUCAGACUUGCUGCUUUUCAAAGGUGAUCUAAACUAUAGAAAAUUAACAGGAGAUAAAAAAUGGGAAUAUACUGUUCCAUUUCAUCAAGCCUUGAAUAAGUUUCAUCCCGCGCCUCUCUGUAGUUUGAGAACACUGAAAUCUGACACUCAGGUUGGCCUAAAACCUGGACAAGGUGAAAAAAUUCAGGCUUCUGAACCUCAAUGGAUGGGAAGUGGAAAAUACGGGGUAGUUCAGUUUGAUGCUGCUUUCUAGUUAGAUGGCUCCUAAAUUCUGAAAGAGAGAUUCAGUCUUGAGUUUAGACUAUCUCUGUUCUGUGCUUGGCUUCAGCAAAAAUUCUUUUUUAUUUGCACUUUUUGCUCCUGAGUGAUUUGUUAGCUUUGUUCCACAGAAAACUUUAAUAUUGUGCAAAAGUUUACAAACUCUCUUUGUAUACAUAA